AUGGUUGAACAAACAAGGAAAACAGCUAAACAUCGUGAAACUUACUCAGAAUCACAUGACCAAGGACCAAAAGGAGACAAAAAAGAGGAAGUUACUAAAGUUACUGCGUGCAAUUCUGAAUUAAGACAA